GCUUGAGGUGGAUGAACUUCUCUGUAACCUCUUGCCAUCCUCCGAUGUUUGAUGGUGCUCAUCUCAGAGGCCACUCUGCUGCCGUGGUGCUGAGGACCAUGCUGAUGGUCUCUCUGGGCCUCUACUCCCAGUACUGGCUGCUGGUCCACGUGUCCGGCUUCCAGUCGCCCCUCAGCACUCUGCUCUGCAUGCUGGUGUGCAGAGCCAUGUUCUCCAUGCCAUACAUCCACGUCAACAUCUUCCAGCACAUCGGCCUGGACAUGUUUUCUCCGACCCGCCGGCCUAAGAGGAUCUACCAGAUGACCCACGGAGUCCUGAACCUGCCCAGGAACCCACUGCUGGACUGGGUGUUCGGACACUCGCUCAUCAACUGCCACGUGAAGCCGGUGGUGUCCAGGUAUCUGACGGAGAAGAAGCUGCCGUACCAACAGGACAGUUACCGCUCCAGGCUCCGCCUCUUCUUCCACAGAUACCAGGAGCUGAUGGUGUUCGCCCCGCCCAUCACCGAGCUGGUGGGACUAAAGACACUAAAGAGUUUCAUCCAUAACACACUGACACAGAGUCAUAUAUAGUAUAGUAAAAUAUUAAACCAUUGUUUUAUCUAGUUUCUUGUUCAUUUUAUUGCCUGGUAUAACUCAAGGUA